AUGUCUAUUUGUGUCGCCCAGACAAGAGCUUCCCUGCUUCGAUUACCUCAUCAGUCCGCUCGUUCUACCGUCCGCUCUCGUCCAUUCACGCCCAGCCCACGACUUCUCAACACUCUUGCAGUUCUCGAACACAAAGAUGGAAAGGUUUCUUCUCAAUCAUUCCCGGUCGUCACCGCUGCUUCAAGAUUUGGUGGGCCUGUCACUGUUUUUCUCGCAGGCUCAGGUUCGAAGGAAGUAUCAGAACAAGCUGCGAAACUCAAUGGCGUCGAGAAGGUAAUUUACGCUUCAAACAGCGCCUACGACAAGGGAUUACCCGAGAACUUUGCACCCCUACUCGUAGAGAACAUUAAGAGGGGACACUUUACACAUGUCGUCGGUUCCCACUCGGCAUUUGGUAAAAACAUUUUGCCACGGGCAUCUGCUCUGCUGGACAUUCAACAGAUUUCCGACUGUAUUGAGAUCAAGGACGAAAAUACCUUUGUCCGACCCAUCUAUGCCGGUAAUGCCAUAGCAACAGUCAGGUCUACCGACACAAUCAAGAUUGUCACUAUCCGAGGAACUGCGUUCCCCCCAGCGGAAGAGACAUCAGAUACAGCGACUAUCGAGGAGGCGCCUAUAGAUCCUAAUGCAGAAUGUACAACGGUUUGGGUGUCCGAGAACCUCACUAGAUCAGAGAGGCCAGACUUGGGGACUGCUCCAAAGGUUGUUUCGGGUGGACGGGGACUUAAGGAUAAAAAAAACUUUGAUAGAUUAAUGCUCCCACUCGCAGACGCCCUUGGUGCUGCCAUUGGUGCCUCAAGGGCUGCCGUGGAUAGCGGAUUCGCAGAUAACAGUUUACAGGUUGGUCAGACAGGAAAGGUCGUCGCUCCUCAACUCUAUCUGGCGGCUGGGAUUUCUGGAGCCAUCCAACAUCUGGCGGGAAUGAAAGAUUCCAAGGUUAUCGCCGCUAUUAAUAAGGAUCCGGAUGCGCCAAUAUUUCAGGUUGCCGAUGUUGGGCUGGUGGCAGAUCUAUUCCAGGCUGUACCGGAGCUCACAGAAAAACUGAACGCAGAGAAGAAAUAACUACAUAUUACCAAUUAGUCCCAAAUUUUAAGCACACUAUAUAUACUAUCACAUUACCAGUACAUAGACGAUCGCAAAAUAUGAUGCUGUCGACAGAGAGGCAUAAUCUAUCACCAUGACCGCCGCUAGUCAGGUCAAAUUAUUGUACAAGUAUCACUAAAGCUGUAAAGAAUUCAAUUUCGUUUUCCCAUCCAAAACCCAAACCCAUUUCCUUGCUUAGUCGGAUUUCCUUUACUGGCAUCUACCAUCCCAAUAAUUAUGCUAACAUGGUGUAAUGCGUGUAUCAUCCCUAGGGGCCCCCGAAAAGAUAAUGUUGCUCAUAAACAAGCCUUUCCUAAGUUAUCACCAUCAAUCUCACAAACAGGGGCUCGCGAUCAUUUACCGCUAUUUAUCGCUGGCAAUCAACAGCUUACCGGAACAUAGUAACAAUAGAAACUACAGUACCGACAGAACCGUGAUGGAUAUGAUUACCACAAGCAACUUAUCCGUGCAAUGUAAGGUAUCAUAUCUCUUUUUUAUAAUAAUUAUCAUAUAUUUUUGCAAC